AUGGCGGUGAGCGUGCUGACCACCCUGGAGCGGAGGUUCAACCUGCAGAGCGCGGACGUGGGUGUGAUCGCCAGCAGCUUUGAGAUCGGGAACCUGGCGCUCAUCCUGUUCGUGAGCUACUUCGGGGCGCGCGGGCACCGGCCCCGCCUCAUCGGCUGCGGGGGCAUCGUCAUGGCCCUGGGGGCGCUGCUGUCUGCGUUGCCCGAGUUCCUGACCCACCAGUACAAGUACGAGGCGGGCGAGAUCCGCUGGGGCGCCGAGGGCCGCGACGUGUGCGCCGCCAAUGGCACUGGCAGCGACCAGGGGCCUGACCCCGACCUCAUCUGCCGCAGCCGGACCACCACCAACAUGAUGUACCUGCUGCUGAUCGGGGCCCAGGUGCUCCUGGGCAUCGGUGCUACCCCUGUGCAGCCCCUGGGCGUCUCCUACAUCGACGACCACGUGCGGAGGAAGGACUCCUCGCUCUAUAUAGGAAUCCUGUUCACAAUGCUGGUGUUCGGACCAGCCUGUGGAUUUAUCCUGGGCUCUUUGUGUACCAAAAUCUACGUGGAUGCCGUCUUCAUUGAUACAAGUAACCUGGACAUCACUCCGGAUGACCCCCGCUGGAUCGGAGCCUGGUGGGGUGGCUUCCUGCUCUGCGGUGCCUUACUCUUCUUCUCUUCCCUCUUGAUGUUCGGGUUUCCACAGUCUCUGCCCCCGCACUCAGACCCCGCCAUGGAGAGCGAGCAGGCCAUGCUCCCCGAAAGGGACUACGAGAGACCCAAGCCCAGCAACGGGGUCCUGCGGCACCCGCUGGAGCCGGACAGCAGCGCCUCCUGCUUCCAGCAGCUGAGAGUGAUCCCCAAGGUCACCAAGCACCUGCUCUCCAACCCUGUGUUCACCUGCAUCAUCCUGGCCGCCUGCAUGGAGAUCGCGGUGGUGGCUGGCUUCGCCGCCUUCUUGGGGAAGUACCUGGAGCAGCAGUUUAACCUCACCACCUCUUCUGCCAACCAGCUGCUCGGGAUGACCGCCAUCCCCUGCGCCUGCCUGGGCAUCUUCCUGGGCGGCCUGCUGGUGAAGAAGCUCAGCCUGUCCGCCCUGGGGGCCAUCCGGAUGGCCAUGCUCGUCAACCUGGUGUCCACCGCCUGCUACGUCUCCUUCCUCUUCCUGGGCUGCGACACGGGCCCCGUGGCUGGGGUCACUGUUCCCUAUGGAAACGCCUCAGCACCCGGCUCGGCCCUGGACCCCUACUCACCCUGCAAUAAAAACUGUGAAUGCCAAACCGAUUCCUUCACUCCCGUGUGUGGAGCAGAUGGCAUCACCUACCUGUCUGCCUGCUUCGCUGGCUGCAACAGCACGAAUCUCACCGGCUGUGCGUGCCUCACGGGCGGCCCGCCUGAGAAUGCGACCGUGGUCCCCGGAAAAUGCCCCAGUCCUGGGUGCCAAGAGGCCUUCCUCACCUUCCUGUGCGUGAUGUGUGUCUGCAGCAUGAUCGGGGCAAUGGCACAGACGCCCUCCGUCAUCAUCCUCAUCAGGACAGUCAGCCCCGAGCUCAAGUCCUACGCCCUGGGAGUUCUUUUCCUCCUCCUCCGCUUGUUGGGCUUCAUCCCCCCUCCUCUCAUCUUCGGGGCCGGCAUCGACUCCACCUGCCUGUUCUGGAGCACGUUCUGCGGGGAGCGGGGCGCCUGCGUCCUCUACGACAACGUGGUCUACAGGUACCUCUAUGUGAGCAUCGCCAUCGCCCUCAAGUCCUCCGCCUUCAUCCUUUACACCACCACGUGGCAGUGCCUGCGGAAAAACUAUAAGCGCUACAUCAAAAACCACGAGGGCGGGCUGAGCACCAGCACAGAGUACCAGGACAUUGAGGCUGAGAAAACCUGCCCUGAGUCACACUCACCUUCAGAAGACUCCUUUGUGAGAAGCUGAGGGCCGGGCCCUGGGCCUCCUGCAGCAACAGCCCAUCGCCACCAUGCCACAGACCAGACCGAGAAGCCAGGGUCCCCGAGGGGGUUGCCCGGCCAGAGCGUGGGCCCCGAGUGGCUGUGAGAGGCUGUUUCCCUGGGUCCCUAAUGAGCACUGGUGACCUGGUCCACAAGCUCCCUUUGCCCAUCCCUCUGGCUCGGGCGGGGAUGACCUGCUGACAAGCUUUAGCAAACCCCCCUCCAGAGCGCUUCCCCGAUCGAGGCACCCAGCAGCUCUUCCGAAGCCCACCAAGGCCGGGUUUCACCAGGAGGGGUCAAAGGUCGCCCUGUUUCACAGCCUGGAGGGGGCGCGCAUACUCAAUAGAUCCUGAGUAUGCUAUUCUGUAUUUUUGCAGCUUCUAUUUUCUAGAUGAGCAGUUUAGAGAUACGUGAUGUAAAGUACAUACUGUACGAUUGCUGAAAAUUAUAUUAAAAGCACUAUUUUAAUUCUU